UCCUGCAAGAUCUGUCAGAGGUUUGAAAAGGAAGAAUUUCUGGUCUGUCUAACAAAACUCUCAGUUACUGACAAGACUUAACUUCCAUCUUCACGUCUUCAAGGUGUCUGGUACCUUCUUAGUGUCAGCUCUUACCAUUCAUUGAAGAAUUGUUGCGAAUAUAACAAUAUUUUCUGCACAGUUGGACUCCACUGAGGAACCAGAAAAAAGGAGGAUGGAUCCUCUGAUAAUUGUUCUCCUGUUAGCAGCAGUCAUUACACCAAUUCAAGCCUCAGCUACAGUUGCACCUUCAACAUCAGCAGUCAACAUGACCUCACCACCAAUCAACAUGACCACACCACCAAUCAACAUGACCUCGCCACCAGUCAACAUGACCUCACCACCAAUCAACAUGACCUCACCACCAAUCAACAUGACCUCACCACAAGUCAACAUGACCUCACCACCAAUCAACAUGACCUCACCACAAGUCAACAUGACAUCACCACCAGUCAAUAUGACCUCACCACCAAUCAACAUGACCUCACCACCAAUCAAUAUGACCUCACCACCGAUCAUCGUGACCUCACCACCGAUCAACGUGACCUCACCACCGAUCAACAUGACCUCACCACCAGUCAACAUGAUCUCACCACCAAUCAAUAUGACCUCACCAUCGAUCAACAUGACCUCACCACCGAUCAACAUGACCUCACCACCGAUCAACGUGACCUCACCACCGAUCAACAUGACCUCACCACCAGUCAACAUGACCUCACCACCAAUCAAUAUGACCUCACCACCGAUCAUCGUGACCUCACCACCGAUCAACGUGACCUCACCACCGAUCAACGUGACCACACCACCGAUCAACGUGACCUCACCACCAAUCAAUGUGACCUCACCACCAGUCAACAUGACCUCACCACCAAACAACAUGACCUCACCACCGAUCAAUAUGACCUCACCACCGAUCAGCAUGACCCCACCACCAGUAAAUGGAACAUCAGCUCAACCAGUUAUCACAACUGUUUCUCCAGUCACAACUACAGCUGUCCCAGCAGCAGACUCAAGGAUAAUGCUGGAAUUUAGGUUGCAGAAAACCUUUGCACCAGAACUUAGAAACAAGUCCUCACCAGAGUUCAAGCAAUUAAAGGACGAAGUGAUCACAGCGCUUGAACUUAUCUUUAGAAAAGUAUUUGGAAGACGUUUCCUUCGAGUCUUGAUAAGAGCUUUCAGACAAGGUUCAGUUGUGGUAGAUUCAGAGCUGACCUUUAAUAAUGCCAGCUCAGUGCCAGAAACUAGUGCUGUGGCAACAGUUCUGGUGGAGGCAGCAUCCAACAAUUCCAACUUUUCCCUGCCAGUGAAUACAUCAAGCGUUGUUGCAACAAGAAUUUCUACAUCAACAGCUGCAACUGCUGCUCCCAAUGUUACAGUGGCUCCAACUGCAGCUCCCAAUGCUACAGUGGCCCCAACUGCUGCUCCUAAUGCUACAGUGACCCCAACUGCAGCUCCCAAUGUUACUACUGCAUCAACAGAUCCUCCUACAUCCAAUGAGGGAACUCUUGGCCUUACAUUUAGUCUUAACCAAACAUUUACACCCGGCCUCUCCAACCCAUCAUCAACGGAGUUUCAGACUUUGGCUGCAGAAGUGGUCAGAGAGCUAAACACAGUGUGUACAAAUCUGUUUGGAUCAUCUUUCCUUCGCUCCAUUGUUAACAAAUUCACGAGUGGAUCAGUGGUUGCCGCCACCACCCUUGUGUUCACAAACAGGAGCUCAGUUCCUUCACCAAGCACUGCAACUUCACAACUCAGCAGUGCACUUACGAACUCUACCGCCCUGAACAUUUUAUCAGGCAGUGUUAAUGCAACUUCUUCUGCUACUACCACCGCUGCACCUACUGUUACAACUGCCCUGACCGGAGCCCCUAAUGCUACAGAUGCUCCAACUGCUGCUCCCAAUGUUACAGUGGCUCCAACUGCUGCUCCCAAUGUUACAGUGGCUCCAACUGCUGCUCCCAAUGUUACAGUGGCUCCAACUGCAGCUCCAACUGCUGCUCCAACUACGUCAACCACCACUGCAUCAACAGAUCCUCCUACAUCCAGUGAGGGAACCCUUGGCCUUGAGUUUCGUCUCGACCGAGCAUUUACAUCUGACCUCUCCAAACCAUCAUCAACGGCGUUUCGGACUUUGGCUGCAGAAGUCCUCAGAGAGGUUAACAGAGUGGCUAACACUCUCUAUGGAUCAUCCUUCAGGCGUAGCAUUGUAAACCGCUUCACGAGUGGAUCAGUGAGAACCAACAUGACCCUUGUGUUUCAAGAUAGAAAUUCAGUUCCUUCAGCAGGCGUUGCAACUUCACAAUUAAGCAGUGCACUCAGCGGCACCACCCUGAACAUUAUACAAGGCAGCGUUUCUGCACAGUCAACAUCAACAUCAACAUCAAGCAGUCCUCCUCAGUCCACAAUGGGCUCACUGGCUGUCUUUUCAUUAACACUGCUGGCUGUAGCACAGAUGCUGAUAGACUUUUAACCCAAACCCAAGGUAGAUGCACUGAAAUUGCCAAUAUUUCAUGCUAUCAAGUUUGAGUAAAAAAUAAAUGUACCAUCGAACUAAAAUCAAAAGACAUAACAAGUGUGCAUAAUGAAAUUUAUCAAUACAAUGUAUUUUGGUAAAAAGAUGUGUACUGUGUCAAAGAUUGAGACAGUUUUUCAGUAUUUUCCACAUUUUAUGUUCCAAUCGCUUGUGUUUCAAUUAAAUUGUAUUUAAAUAACUUACCAUUGAUUACCAUAAAGAUUGUGAGUAAUCAAAAAUACUUAAUAUGAUACUUUUUUGGCCAUUUUUGUGGCAGAUGUCAUACAACGUGUUUGUUUUGGCAAUGCUUCUUUAUAUGCAAUUUUUCAUGUGACAUUGUUAACAUAGUUAAAACAUGCAAAUACAUAUAGGAAAAUGUACAACAUUUUUAUUUCCCAUUAAAGCAUUGUACGAUUUAGCAGGACACAAUUUACAUCCAAUGCCAUUGUGAAGUGCAAAUGAAGGAAGAAGUGUGCAGUUAAUGUAGUGUGAUGCCAAAAGCUAGGGGUGUAGAACUAAUGUUGAUGCUGAAGACCAAUAACUUAUAUUACUUGUGAGACCAAUCAUUAUAAAGAUGAUCUUUCUCCAACCAUAACCAUGCAGUUUAAGGUAGCUUACUUUAACAACACCACAGUUGCCAUAUGAGAAUGUUGUAGUAAAGAAAAUGUCAUUGAACAUUGAAAUAAGUUGUCAUUAAGCACUAUGUUGGGAUUGCAGAACCAUCCAGUAUCAAGUUAAUAGUAUGACAAGUGGAUUGGUAGAUGCAAGUUUAAAAGUGUCCUGCUAUUAAUCUAACAUUUAGAAAGAUGAUUGAUUGUAAUUGCUUAACUCUUCAAAUUAAACACUGGUUCUUCCUGUAUGUUUUCAAGAAGGGGAAUAAUAAAUAUGUGUAUCUUUGUUAAUUUAAAAUUAUUAAAAUUUUACCUUUCCAAUGAC